UAAACUUUUUCCAAAGAAAACAAACCUCCCAAAAAAAAAAAAAUGCUACCUCUAAAUCCAAAAAACCAUUUUUCUCUCUCUAAAUUUCUCUCUUUCUCUCUCUUCAUCUCCAUCUUCUUCACCAUAUCUCAUUCUGAUGAUUUCUCAUCUCUUUUAACCUUCAAAUCCAAAGUUGACACUUCAAAUUUUCUCAUUUCUUGGUCCAAAAAUAAUGAUCCUUGUUCUUCAUGGCUAGGUGUUACGUGUCAUCCCGUGACUGGUCGAGUCAUUAAACUUGUACUUAAUCACUUAAAUCUUACAGGUUCUAUACACCCUUUAAUUCAUCUUACUCAAAUUCGUCACCUAAGUUUACACCAUAAUUUUCUCACUUCAUUUCCAAAUUUCAAUUCUUGGCCUAAUCUCAAACAUGUUUAUUUGUCACACAACAAAUUUUCUGGUGAAUUCCCACCUGGGAUUUAUCGUUUAAACCGUCUCCGACGACUUGAUUUGUCGUAUAAUAAAUUUUCCGGUCAGAUUCCGGUGACUGAGUUGAAUCAAUUGCCACAUUUAAUGACUCUACAUCUUGAGUUUAAUUCAUUUAGUGGAUCACUUGGUAUGGAUGAAACAAGACAUGUUGCUUCAUUUAAGGACUUCAAUAUUUCUGGCAACAACUUUAGUGGGAAAAUUCCAAAUUGGUUAUCCAAAUUUCCAGUAACAUCUUUUACAGGAAACGUUCACCUCUGUGGAUAUCCGUUACGAUCAAUUUGCCCGAGUGAAACAGUGAAUAGUAAUCCAACUGUGAUGAAUACUGAUCCUUCACAACUCAGCUUUCCUAAUCAAAAGAAGAAAAAUCUAAGUGAAAACAUGUUUCUUUUGAUAGUCACAAUUGAUGCAGUGGGAGUUAUGCUGACAGUUUUAGUAAUAACAUGGUGUUGUUAUUACAGAAAAAAGAAGAAUCAAGAAAAAGAAAUUUACAAUAAGGUCAAGAAAUAUCAUGAUAGUAGUAAUAGUUCAAGUUUGUACCAUUCAUUUGAAUAUGGCCAUAUUUUAAAGGACAAAAAAAGUGAUCAAUUUGCAACAAUGGUCUGUUUUGAAGGGUGCAAAGGAUUUAGUAAAGUUGAUGAUUUAUUGAAGGCUUCAGCUGAGAUGUUAGGAAAAGGGAGUGUUGGAACAAGUUAUAAAGUGGCUAUGGAUUGUAAAGAUGUUGUAGUGGUGAAAAGGGUGAUUGAAAAGUUAAAGAAAAUGAAGGAUUUGGAUGGAUUUUUGAGAUUAAUUGGUGGUUUGAGACAUCAAAAUGUUGUGUCACUUAGAGCUUAUUAUUCUUCUAAAGAGGAGUUGCUUCUUGUCUAUGAUUUUCUACCCAAUGGAAGUCUUCAUAAUCUCUUACAUGGAAAUCGUGGACCAGGAAGAACACCAUUGGAUUGGACAACAAGAUUAAAAUAUGCAUUAGGAGCAGCAAAAGGACUUGCUUUUUUGCAUAGUUACAACAAAACCAAGAUUUGCCAUGGAAAUUUCACAUCAUCAAACAUACUAAUUGAUCACUUUGGCAAUGCUUGUAUUUCUGAUAUAUGUCUCCAUUUGCUCUUACAAAUGCCAAAUUCAUCAAAUAAUGGAUACAAAGCACCAGAAUUAUUAACUCAAAACAACAUGAACACAAACCAAAAUCCAAGAAAAUUUUCUCAAAAAUGUGAUGUUUAUAGUUUUGGAGUGGUUUUAUUAGAGAUUUUGACAGGAAAAAUUGCAACAAGUGAAGGAGAAAUAAGUUUGGCAAAAUGGGUACAAAGAGUUGUGAAUAAAGAAUGGACUUGGGAUGUAUUUGAUUUUGAACUUGCUAGGUAUAAAGAGAUGGAAGAUGAAAUGGUUGCACUUCUAAAAGUUGCUAUGGCUUGUUUGGUUUCAUCUCCAAAAGAUAGGCCAAAGAUGAUUGUGGUGGAGAAAAUGAUUGAAGAUAUCAGAAAAACGGAGAACAGAUGAAGGGGCAGACUCAUUACUCAUCGAGUUUCAGACCUUGCGUCACUCGGUGAUAGGCCAAAGAUGAUUGUGGUGGAGAAAAUGAUUGAAGAUAUUAGGAAAACGGAGAACAGAUAGAGGGACAGACUCAUUAUUCACCGAAUUUUAGACUCUGCGUCACUAACCCUCGGAGAUUUCUCGGUUCUUUACUUCUAAUUUUUCUCCUUAUGUUGUUGAACUCUAUUGAUUUGAUUCUUAGUAGUCAAUUAGCCAUGAUGACUUUUUGUUUUCAAAUUUUUUUUCCUAAAAAAUUGUUCUCAUAAGGUUUUUUGUGUAAUUUGGUACAAUUAGUAUACUAUUCUUUAAUUUUUAUUUUUUA